CAACUGCGGUCGACCAAAAAUAGCUCAGUCUAAACGAUCGCUGCCACUCGAAAAGACAUCUCCCGUGUGCUUUGUUCGCGUUUCUGUUCCUUCUGAGUUUAAGCUACGUAGUGAAAUAUGGGGGGCGUACAGUCGGCCAACGAUGGCCGGGAAACUCAAACAUCCGACAGGGAGUCUUCGCACAUGUCCAAUCACACGCCCCCGAGCGUGCCCGUUCCGGAAAGCGUGGCCGCACUGAAAACAGAUGACGAAUUACACCAUGCCACAAUCCCGCCGCAAGAACAAGAUGACCCUGAGCCGGUCGGUGACGAUGCACAAUGCUCAGCGCACGAUAGUGAUGCUGCGGCCGAAAGUGACGAUAGUAUGACGGAAAAAUGUCAAGCACGCAAGAUGACCGUCGAGCUGGCUAAUUUCCGACGUGACCUACAGCAGAAGCGACAGCUGCACCAGUCCAAGCUGGCGGCGGUAAAGGACGAGCUGGAGCAUCUGCGCAACGCGCUGGCAGAGGAGAAGCGACGCAACCGGGCACUAAUCAAGUACGUCCAGCAGCAAGAGCUGCAGCUGACAAAGCAAGCGAACGACGGAGAGGGCGCUGAAGAAACCCCAGCGUGUGGUGCCGUGAGACGCGAAGCGCUACAGAUCGUAGCGAGCGGUGAGAACGCACCGCUGGAACCGGCCGAACGAGUGAACGCGGAAGCUGCGGAGGAUGAACGACACGAUCAGAGUUCAUCGGCCGACGGACAAAGCGUCAAGCGGGCGGACGACGACGAGCGGUUAGCGUUGAAGCGAGAGCUGGCUGAGUCACAGCACGCGCUACAGUGCACCACUGGUGAGCUGCUCGAGCUGCGCCACGAGCUGGCUCAGUUGAGAACGCAGCUUCGCGCGCAACAGGACGAAGCCGAGGCGGAGAGCUCGCGACAGUGCGGCGCAGCACGGACACUGAAAGCGGAACUGGCCGAGACGCAGUUCCGGCUGCAGAUAUCCCAGGCGGAGGCACUGUCGCUACAGACCGAUGUCGACCAGCUGCGCAAUCAGGUGAAAUCGCUCAAGGACGUGAUCAAGGCGGGAAAGGAGAUUAUCGCUAUUCGGGAGGAUCAAGUUGAGCAGCUGAAAGGAAAACUACGCCAGAUAGAGGACACACUGCAGGAGCGCGAGCUGCAAAUUAUGUCCGACGAUUUGCGUCGGGAGUAUGAUCGACAGCUGACAAACAUUCGCAACCUAAGAGAUCUGUACGAGGAGCGCGAACGUGUCUCGAGAAUGGAGCGCGACAAUUUGGUCCGCCAGUUGGACCUGAAGAAGAACGAACUAGCGACCGAGCAGGAAAAAAAUAAAAACCUGGAAGCGUUGGUGGAAAGUUUGCAGACGGAUCUGACCCGGCUACGGACGGAGCUGGAGCAGACGCAGGAUAAGUUGGCCCAAUCGCAGGCCGAAUCGAAGCAGCUGCAGCUCGAGAUGGGAGUUGUAAAUCAGUUCAUUUCAAAGUUCCUGCUCGGCAUGAGCCGCAAACCUACCGCAAGCGACAUCAACAUCGACAAGCUGGCAGCCGUGCUGGAAGAAAACCGAGAUCUGUUAAUCGAGAUGACUAAGGACGAGGCGGAAACCAUCGAUACGGGAGCGUUCCUGCCGCGGGCCCUUUACGACCUAAUCACGGAAGUGGACGAAGCGAACGAACUGCCGCCCGGUAACGAUGGAAGGGAAGAGGAUGGGGCCGAGGCUAGUGGCGAGGAUGAGUUCACUGAUGUGCAGAAGGCAUCGCCGGAACAGAUUGCUGACAAGUUGCCAAAAGUCUGGCGGGUACUGAUUGAGCUCGUGAACCAUCAGGAACGAGCCCAGCCGGUCCCGUUUGUGGAAGGCGGCGAAAGCGAGGAAUGUCUCAAGUCGGUACAGACGCGCAACGGACCGAAAACGGUCGUUAGUGUUAGCAAGACGUACAUCAAACUUAAGGAUUUAAUAUUGGAGAAGAAAUCGCUCAAGAAGGAAACUAACCGACUGCGGACGUUAAAUUCGCAUCUCGAGCGAAGGCUCGAUUCGCAGGAGAAGCGUCUGAGUGCUGUGAGUUUGGAGCUGACAAAAACAUGGCAUCUGGUGGGGAAAAUGCAACGCCAGCAUCGUCAGCUACACACUCAGGAGCAAAUUCUACGCUAUCAUCUGCAACAAAAGCGCCGACUGCUCAGCGAACUCAAGGAAGAGCUCGAGUACUGUCGUUUGAAGUGGUCGGCUGCGCGUGAGAAAAACAUCGAAUCCGAGGGCCAAUGGAAGUCCCUUAAAGCCGACUUUGCCGCCCGUCGAAAGCAGGACUCGCUCAACAACUCAGGCGAAAGUGGCUACAGCGACGAGCAGCCGUCCGACGAGGAGGAUACGCACGUGAAUCGGAAGUCAAGUUUGGCUAAUCAACAGUCACCCGGCUUCAGUGGAGGAGCGGCAGCGGGUUUGGAGUCGGACAAAUGGAGCCAGAUGGUUGGCCGAUUGGAUAAGUGUUUUGUUGGGAGCUCUCUGUCCAAUAUCUACCAUCUCGCCGUGGCAAGCGUGUUGCGAAAGGUGCACAGCGAGUCGGACAUGAAAUCGCUCGAGAAUGUCGAACGGGCGAACCAAUUCUGCAAUGAAAAGAUCGAAGAUUUACCCAUCUUUCCGUUCGAGGAGGACGAGCCGGGCCGGGAGGAGCCGGAAGAGAUUCCUGCGGUGGUGCUGCGAAAGAAGCGUCGGUCGGCCUCCAAAAGAACGAAAAGGCACAAUGAUGCGGGUCAGCCGGAAUCGGCACAGGAUAUGUUUCUUCGUUUGAUGAACCUUGCCGCGGGUGGCCAGGACGAGGUGGAUGAGGACGAGGAGGACGACGAUGCCGACGAGCAGGACUUUGAGCGUACCGGCACAGGGAAUGACGAUGCCGAGGGUGAGUACAGCGAGAACGAAAGCGCCAGUGAGCUGAGCGAGGAGGAGCUGGAAUGUUUGGAGAUGGCAGUAAUGGACGAACGUGCCGAAUCCUCGGUUACGCAGGAACGCCUCCAAGGCCCGGAUGCCUCGUCACACUCUGACGCGGAUCGGGAGCUGUCGAGUGAGGAACUAUUCCAACGGAAACGGGAAGCACGUUUGCAAAGAAUGGCCGAGCUCAAUUCCAGGUUGGACCGCUACUCGUCACCAACACCUACGGCGUCCCCUUCGGAGGCUCCAGUCCAAACGGAGAGUGGGGAAACGGGCGAGACCUCCCAAUCCAAGACGGACGAGCAGGUAGUGCUGAGUGAAGACGAACAGAAGUAUCUGCAGCGACGGGCGGAACGAUUGGAGCGGCUGGAACGGGAAGCGAAGGAGUUCCGCAGCAGGCUUUCGAAAACGGUCCACCGGGGUACCGAAAUAUCUGCCCAGAUCGAUGAGAUCCACAAUGGCUUCAUGGCCCGACAAACGGACUCAUCUCCCGUGCCGGGAUGCUCGGGCGAGGCGCAAUCGAGCAGGGUAGACCUGUCCUGCCUCACCGACAAGGAGCGUGAGUACACAUCGGCCCGGGCCGAGCGACUUGAACGGCUUGAAAACGAAAGUCAGAAGCUACUGAAGCAAAUGAAUCAAACAAUGCGUCGGGGCAGCAGUCUUACAACGAAACUGGACAUGUUGCACACUCGGUACGGUUCCCCGGCGGCUAAUGAACCGGAAGCCAAUGUCGAAACCAGUGCCAGGCCCGGACAGCAAACGACAAAUGGCGAUGAACUUGGGCCGGAGGAAACUUCCAAGCCAGAACCUGCAGAGGAGAUGGAAGAGACCGUUCCGCAGGAGCAGGAGGAACAAGAUUAUGCUGUCGGUGGACCUUACGUGCCCAUGGGACCAAUAGAGCUGGUGCUCGUGUCGGACGAGGAAGUAAUGGACGAGGUCAGCAACCUGCUGGAAGAGGAAACGCAACACAGUUUGGAAGAUUCCAACGAAAGCCCUGAGCAAUCUUAGAAAGGGACUGCAAACGAUCCCAAAGCAACCUACCUCGUACGAAAAGACAACCACAGCAGAUUGCCAACUACUGCUGAUAGUUUGUAGAAAGAGAGAACUUGUGGGUGAUUUCUUUUGCUGACGAAGAGGCAAACAGAACGGUCUUUAAUUGAGGUAACGGAGGCGUCGUAAUCGAAAACAGGGUGAAUCUACUGAAGUUAUAUCAAAUAUGUUUCAUAAGCAAAGCUACUCUAAGUGUAUUCUUUCCAAUUUAAUAAACCAUAUGUAUUAUUUCUACUGUAA